CAGCCUCCCCCAUUCCAUUCAUCUCCAGCAGAACCCUUAUAUCUGGAUCUCUAUUUUCUCUUUCAUGUUUUUUAAUGUUUUGUUGGUAACCGCCAUAACCGCCGGUGCAGGAUUCUUUUUUUUAAUUUUCGGGGUCAUGUUACGCAAAUGAAUGGUACGUCGAAAAUUUGUGCAGACAUUCAUUAGGUUUUAUAAUUCGUGAAAUUAGGUAUGAUAUUUUGACGGGCUUGUUGCGGAAGACAACGUGGCUUGCAGGGGAAGGUUUUGGAGUAGUGGCUUCUCGUGGAAGGGAGGGUGCUUGCUUCCCCUAGAAGAUUGUUCGAGGCACUAUAAGAAGGAGGCAGGAGGAUGGUUGCAAAUGCAAGGUAGCUAAAUGGAUCCUCGGCAAGCUUGGAAGGAAUACUUGAGGGAGUUGUGUUUCCCGUCCAACGACUCGUCUGAUGAAGAAGAUGAUUUGUUCAUGGAGGGUAUGAGAGCUUGGCAAGCCGACCUGGAGGAAUCAGAGAGGCGACCAUGGGGGGGCUCAGUCCCAGGUCGAAAGCGUAUCAACCGCUAUCGGCACGAGGGCCAUAUGAGGUUGUUCAACGACUACUUUGCCGAUCCUCCCGUGUACCCCGACUACAUAUUCCGACGCAGGUUCCGGAUGAAACACGACCUGUUUAUGAAGAUAGUUGCAGCUGUUGAAGAGAAGGACUCCUGGUUCGUGCAGCGGAGAAACGCAGCUGGAGAGCUCGGGCUGUCAGCAUUGCAAAAAGUGACUGCGGCAUUUCGUAUGCUAGCAUACGAUGCGCCGGCUGAUUCUCUCGAUGAGUGCCUUCGUCUUGGUGAGAGCACCAUCAUUGAGAGUAUGCGAUGUUUCGUCAAUGCUGUUGUGCAGGCAUUCGACGAUGAGUACCUUCGUUCUCCUAAUGAGGAGGACACUGCGAGGUUGCUCGCCAUCAACUCGCGCAGAGGCUUCCCCGGUAUGUUAGGAAGCGUUGAUUGUAUGCAUUGGAGGUGGAAGAACUGCCCAACGGUGUGGGCGGGGUCUUACACGGGGCAUGUUAACGCUCCAACUAUCAUUCUUGAGGCGGUCGCGUCGCAGGACCUGUGGAUCUGGCAUGCAUUUUUCGGCAUGCCUGGUUCGCUAAACGACAUCAAUGUCCUCCACCGAUCACAUCUCCUCGACGACUUAGCCGCCGGACAGGCACCGAAGGUUAAUUACACAAUCAAUGGUCAGGACUACACAAUGGGUUACUACCUUGCUGACGGAAUUUACCCGGAAUGGGCCACGUUUGUGAAGCCCAUUCCGGCUCCUGUCGACCGCAAGCGGCAACACUUUGUCGUGCAACAAGCGGCGGCCCGCAAGGAUGUGGAGCGCGCCUUUGGAGUACUCCAGUCGCGGUUUCCUAUUGUUCGCGGGGCAACACGAUUGUGGGACGAGGAAACCUUGUCCGCCAUCAUGACCGCAUGCAUAAUCAUGCACAACAUGAUUAUUGAAGACGAGCGCGAAGACGACGAUGUGGACUACGUGUACGAGGGAGCAGGUGAAGACGUGCAGGCUUCUCACGACGUGACGCCACCAUUGAUGAUCUUGAGCCAACGGUACAAUGCAAUUCGAUGCAAGCAGGCACAUGUUAAUCUCCGGGAAGACCUUGUCGAACACCUUUGGCAGUUACACGGAGGCGACGUGUAG